AUGGAUGGUGAAGAUUUGUUUGACGUCUUUGACGAAGCACCAGCCAAUGCUCCACCUGUGAUACAGACGGAACCAAACUCAAAGAAGGAAACUUCGAAAAAGCGUCAAGCUUCCGAAGAGCCUAAAGAGAAUGGCGAAGAAAAACAGGCUAAGAAAGAAAAGAAAACUGACACGAAAAAGGAUGAAAAAACUAAAGCUAAGCAAGAUAUCACUCCUGUUGUUUUCGAUGCUGUCGAAAUUGAGGCUUCAAGAGAAGUUGCUGUAUCAGAUGGAUUAAUGGGAAAAACAUCAGAUGCAAAGCCAGGACAAUUACAGUUGAGACAUCAAGUUAGACAUCAAGUUGCUAUUCCACCUGAAUAUCCAUAUGUUCCCAUUGGUGAGCAUAAAAGACAAAACGAAGCAAGAACUUAUCCGUUCGUUUUGGAUCCUUUCCAAGAUACAGCCAUUUCGUGUAUUGAUAGAAGCGAAUCAGUAUUGGUCUCAGCGCAUACCUCUGCCGGUAAAACAGUAGUUGCAGAAUACGCUAUCGCCCAAUCAUUAAGAGAAAAACAAAGAGUCAUUUAUACCUCUCCAAUUAAGGCAUUAAGUAACCAGAAGUACAGAGAACUAUUGGCAGAAUUUGGUGACGUAGGUUUAAUGACUGGUGAUGUUACUAUUAAUCCUGAUGCUGGUUGUUUAGUUAUGACUACUGAAAUUUUACGUAGUAUGUUGUAUAGAGGUUCCGAAGUUAUGAGAGAAGUUGCGUGGGUGAUCUUUGAUGAAGUUCAUUAUAUGAGAGAUAAGGCUCGUGGUGUUGUUUGGGAAGAAACAAUUAUCUUAUUGCCAGAUAAGGUUCAUUAUGUUUUUCUUUCGGCCACUAUCCCAAAUGCCAUGGAAUUUGCAGAAUGGAUUGUCAAAAUUCAUGCACAACCAUGUCAUGUUGUUUAUACAGAUUUCCGUCCAACCCCAUUGCAACAUUAUUUGUUCCCUGCGGCAGGAGAUGGUAUCCAUUUGGUUGUUGAUGAAAAAGGAACUUUCAGAGAAGAAAAUUUCCAAAAAGCUAUGGCGUCCAUUAGUGACAAUGUUGGCGAUGAUCCAUCAUCGGCUGAUAAAUCUAAAGGUAAAAAGGGACAAACAUAUAAAGGGGGUAACAAGGAUGGUAAGUCAGAUAUUUACAAGAUUGUUAAAAUGAUCUAUAUGAAAAGAUAUAACCCAGUUAUUGUUUUCUCUUUCUCUAAGAGAGAUUGUGAAUCUUUGGCUUUGAAAAUGUCAAAAUUAGAUUUCAAUACAGAUGACGAAAGAGAAGCGUUAACAAAAAUCUUCAAUAAUGCAAUUGAAUUGUUACCUGAUGCUGAUAAAGAGCUUCCCCAAAUCAAGAAUAUUUUGCCUUUAUUAAGACGUGGUAUUGGUAUUCAUCAUUCUGGGUUAUUACCAAUCUUAAAAGAAAUUAUUGAAAUUUUGUUCCAGGAAGGGCUUUUAAAGGUUUUAUUUGCUACCGAAACUUUCUCCAUUGGUCUUAAUAUGCCUGCUAAAACAGUUGUUUUCACAUCUGUCCGUAAGUGGGAUGGUAAAGGUUUCCGUUGGGUUUCUGGAGGUGAAUACAUUCAGAUGUCCGGUAGAGCAGGUCGUCGUGGUCUAGAUGAUCGUGGUAUUGUUAUUAUGAUGAUUGAUGAAAAAAUGGAGCCACAAGUUGCAAAAGGAAUGGUAAAAGGUCAAGCAGAUAGAUUGGAUUCAGCCUUCCAUUUAGGAUAUAAUAUGAUUUUGAAUUUGAUGAGGGUUGAAGGUAUUUCUCCAGAAUUCAUGUUGGAAAGCUCAUUUUAUCAAUUUCAAAACGCAGCAUCUGUUCCUGUAUUAGAGAAGAACUUACAGGAAUUAACUUUGAAAUCGAACAGUAUUCAAAUUGAUGAUGAGGCAACAGUCAGGGAAUAUUAUGAUUUGAAAAAGCAGUUUGAUAUAUAUCAGGAUGAUGUUCGCCAAGUCGUUACUCACCCGGGUCACAUUUUACCUUUCUUACAAGCAGGAAGAGUUAUAAAGGUUAAGGUUGGCGACAUGGAUUAUGGUUGGGGUAUGGUCACAUCUUUCACAAAAAGAACUAACAAGAGAAACCCAUCCCAAACGUACAGCGAUCACGAAGCAUAUAUUGUGAACGUUUUUGUUUACACGAUGUUUGUUGAUUCUCCAGUCAAUUUAAUUAAGUCAUUUAAUCCAGAUCUUCCAAUCGGUAUUAGACCAGCUAACGCUGGUGAAAAAUCUAGAGCAGAAUACAUUCCAAUAACUUUGGAUUCAAUUGAAAAGAUUAGUAGUGUUAGAUUAAGAGUUCCGGACGAAUUCAAAAGUUCAAGCGCUAAAAAGAAUUUAUUGAAGACUAUGAAGGAUUUACCAAAGAGACUUCCAGAUGGUAUUCCAUUAAUGGAUCCAAUUGAAAGUAUGAAAAUCGAUGAUAAUGACUUUAAAUUAUUGUUAAGAAAGAUCGAUGUCUUGGAAUCGAAGAUGUUAAGUAACCCUCUUCAUGAGUCUGUGAGAUUGAAAGAUUUAUAUGAGAAAUAUAGUGAAAAGGUGGAGAUUGAAAAUAAAAUCAAGUCUCUUAAAGAUAAAAUAUUGGAGGCUCAAGCAGUUAUUCAAUUGGACGAUUUGAGGCAUAGAAAGAGAGUCCUUAGAAGAUUGGGAUUCACUACACAAAAUGAUAUCAUUGAAUUAAAAGGUAGAGUUGCUUGUGAAAUCAGUACUGGGGAUGAAUUAUUAUUGACCGAAUUGAUAUUCAAUGGUACAUUUAAUGACUUAACUUGCGAACAAUGUGCAUCGUUAUUAUCAUGCUUUGUCUUCCAAGAAAAGGCUAAGGAAGUUCCUAGAUUGAAGCCUGAAUUGGCUGAGCCAUUGAAGUCAAUGCAAGAUAUGGCUAGUAAAAUAGCCAAAGUCUUCAAAGAAUGUAAGAUAGAACUCGUUGAAAAGGAAUACGUUGAAUCAUUCAGACCAGAAUUAAUGGAAGUUACAUAUGCUUGGUGUAAGGGUGCAUCUUUUACACAAAUUUGUAAGAUGACUGAUGUCUAUGAAGGUUCUUUAAUUAGAAUGUUUAAGAGAUUGGAAGAAAUGUUGAGACAAAUGGUAACUGCAGCUAAAACCAUUGGUAACGCCGAAUUAGAAGAAAAGAUGGAAAAAUCAAUGGGAUUAGUUCACAGAGAUAUUGUUUCAGCUGGUUCAUUAUAUCUUUAG